AUAUUUGGCAACUGGAACCAACUUUUCAGCACUGCAUUUUGAUUUUUUAAUGGGUGUUUCAACAAUUUCUAAUAUUAUAAGAGAAACAUGUGAUGUUUUAUGGAAAGUUUUGCAACCUAGAGAAAUGUCUGUACCAUCCACAGAAGACUGGCUGCAAAUUUCUAAAAGUUUUUAUGAAAAAACUCAAUUCCCAAAUUGUGUUGGUGCAGUCGAUGGAAAGCAUGUAAGGUUGGAAUGUCCAAAAAAUAGUGGAUCACAGUACUUUAACUAUAAACACUUUUAUUCCCUUAUCCUUCUUGCUAUAUGUGAUGCUGAUUAUUGUUUUCGGAUUAUUGAUGUUGGCUCCUACGGUAAGGAAAGUGAUUGUAAUGUAUUUAAAAAAUCAGUUUUUGGAAAAAAUCUUUAUGCUGAUAAAGUUAAUUUUCCACCUGACAAUGUCUUACCUGGAGAUGAAAAAGGUAUACCUCAACCAUAUGUGAUUGUUGGUGAUGAGGCAUUUGCAUUAAAUAAACAUUUACUAAGUCCCUUCCCAGGAAAAUCUUUAAAUGAUCAAAGGAGAACAUUCAAUUAUCGGCUAUCAAGAGCGAGGCAAAACAUUGAAUCAUCUCCAGAUUUUGCAGUCAAAAUUACAAAAGCCGCUUGUGUUCUCCAUAACUUUGUACGCCGCAGAGAUGGUUUCAGUGUAGAAGAUACAUUUAACUGCAAAAUGGAAGGCUACACUAUCAAAAAAGGUGUCGGAAAUGCCUUGUUUGAAGCCAAAGAAGUGAGAGAAUAUUUUGUUGAUUAUAUAAACUCCCCUGGAAAUAUUUUAAGCUGGCAAAACAAAGUAAUUGGGUGA